CUUGGUGACGACAAACAAUCUGGGAGGUGGGUUCUGGCAGCUUCCGCUGGAUUCUCAAUUCAUCACCCGACGUACUCCCGAGCUCCACCGCAACAGGUGCGAGCUCGACAUAUCUAUCUAUCAUUCACGACACAAAACCACCACCACCAUCAUAACAGAAGUAGGACAGAUUUCACACUGAAUUCAAAAGCUCCCAUCUUUUUCUUUCUUUCUUGUCUUUCUUUCUUUUGUUUUUCUUCCAUCUUUUCGGUCCGCGUGGCUAGCUUGGGCAGAUUCUUUAGAAAGCAAGAGCCACCCGGUGGUAUAGCUCUCAGCUCCGAGACAAGGGGAUUGGUGGGUUGGAGGGAUGGGGGUGGAUUACUACAAGUUGUUGGGGGUGGAUAGGAGCGCCAAAGACGACGACUUGAAGAAGGCCUACAGGAAGCUGGCCAUGAAGUGGCAUCCCGACAAGAACCCCAACAACAAGAAAGAAGCUGAGGCCAAGUUCAAGCAGAUCUCCGAGGCUUAUGAGGUCCUCAGUGACCCCCAGAAGAGAGCAGUGUAUGAUCAGUGUGGUGAGGAGGGUCUAAAGGGUCAAGUGCCGCCCCCUGAUGCCGGCGGCUUUGGCCCUGGCGGCACUACCUAUUUCUCGACUGGAGAGGGGCCAACGUCGUUCCGGUUCCACCCCCGAGAUGCGGACGAUAUCUUCGCUGAGUUUUUUGGGUUCUCAAGCCCCUUCGGCGGCAUGGGAGGAAUGGGUGGCGGCAGCGGCGGCGGAAUGGGAGGGUCGAGGUUCUCGAGUAGUAUAUUUGGGGAUGAUGUCUUUAGUCCCUUUGGAGGAGGAGGAGGUGGAGGAGGGUCAAUGCACCAAGCAGCUCCCAGGAAAGCUCCUCCUAUUGAGAACAGGUUGCCCUGUAGUCUAGAGGAUCUCUAUAAAGGGACUACCAAGAAAAUGAAGAUUUCCAGGGAGAUUGCUGACAUGAGCGGAAGAACUAUGCAGGUAGAGGAGAUCUUAACCAUUGACAUAAAGCCAGGUUGGAAAAAGGGAACCAAAAUCACCUUCCCUGAGAAAGGCAAUGAGCAGCCAAAUGCCAUACCGGCCGAUCUCGUCUUCAUAAUUGACGAGAACCCGCACAGCGUGUUUACCCGCGAUGGAAACGACUUGAUCGUCACGAAAACCAUAUCCCUGGCCGAGGCCUUAACAGGUCUCACGGUCCAUCUCACAACAUUAGAUGGCAGGAGCUUGACCAUCCCUAUCAGCAAUGUGAUUCAUCCGAACUAUGAGGAGGUAGUUCCGAGGGAGGGGAUGCCUCUCCAGAAGGACCCAACAAAGAAAGGUAACUUGAGGAUCAAGUUCAACAUCAAGUUCCCAACGAGGCUAACAUCUGAGCAGAAGGCUGGGAUCAAGAAACUUUUGGGUGCUUGAGAAGACGCAGUUGAUGGAGUCCGAACGAGGUGAUGUGAAUAUUAGGUCAAGCUGCUUGGUUUUGCAAGGUCGGAGAAAUUACAGCGGAUGUUCUUUCUGGCAGCAAUUUGGGGUUCAGUUUAUUGGCAUUUACUUACGUUACGUCACUGUCCUAAUUGAGAGUUACAGAUAGGUUCUUUUGACAUGAAAAAUGAUAUAUAUUUGUUGUGCUUGAGAAGCGAUAUCUGUAGAUUCAAGCAGACUAGCGUCCCGUCGGUUGAUUCUGUUACCUGUAUGUAUGUAAUAAAGUAUCUAUGUUUUAACUUAUCUUUCGUAUAAUUUAAUUGCUGAUGCCAAGACAAUCGUCGAUAGAGAGGCUGCCAUGUUCCUUUCAA